AUGCUGAACGAAAGUAUUUAUCAAUAAAAAAAAAGAAUUUUAUGGACAGAUGAGGUAAGAAAAAUUAGUAUGGUAGGAAGAUAAACUCUUAAAGUAAUUAGUAAAUAAAUACUAAAAUGAAAGACUUGGCUGGAAAUAAAUUUCAAAAGCUCUAAGAAAAUAAGGCUAUGAAAGAAAUACUAAGGCUUGUAGGGAGAGAUUUUUCAAUUAUCUUGAUAUUUCUUUCAAUAAAAGUGAGUUGACUCAACUUGAACUUGAUAAACUUUUUGAACUUGUAAAAGUUUAUGGAAAUAAAUGGGUAAAAGUUAUGAAUAUUUAAGACUUGUAUUGCUGAAGAAUUAAAUCAUCGAACAGAUUAAGAUAUUAAGAAUAAAUUUUAUGCACAUGUUAAAAAAGUUUUCAGACGAUUAUUAAAAGCCUCAUUUAAAACAAAUGAAAGUAAGUAUUUUCAGAUUUAUUAAAGGUUCAUUAAUUACUGCUAAAUUACAACCUCUAUUGAUUUCUAGUAUAUUUUGUUAGGAGAAUGAGAUGGAUCAAAAGUAAAUACAUAUCAGAGAUGAUAUGAAAUAACUUUUUAAAAGUUUGAUUACAUAAAAUAAAUCAAUUUAACAAGGACAUCAAAUAAAUGAAGAAACUAGAGAAAAAGUUAAGCUAAUUUCAUCAUAUUUAGAGAAAGAAAAGUAUGUUUAAAAAUAAUUUUAGUUAAAUAUAUCUAUAAAAUAAAAUAACAAGAAAAGAAAACAAAUUAAAAACAAAAAUAAAACAAAGAAAUCAGAAAUUCAAGUUUAUUUAUAACGAAAUUGAACAAUAAAAUAUACUGAAUAAAAUCUAGAAUAAACAAUCGAUUUUUGUAUUGCCAAUCAAAACUAUAGAUUUUCCAUUUAUGGAUUGUAAUACAAAUUUUGAGAAUGUCUAUAAUCAGAUACAAUAAAGUAAAAUUUUUGAGAAUGAAUCACAACAUUAAAUUAUAUUGAGUACUCCUUUUAAUUGGUAAUAUCCAUCUUUUAAAAUCGAUUCAUUUUAUGUAAAAUUUAUGUUCAAAUUUUUAGUAACCUGAAUUAUUCUCAUAAACCAUCCACUCUGAUUCAUACAAUUAUUAGACUAUUUGGAACGCUUGA